GUGUGGGUAGUUGGCAGCAUUGUAAAAAGCACGUGCAUUAGCUAUUACUUCACAAUAUACAGUCGAAACUGGAACCUUAACCUGCAAAGUAUAAAACGCGUUGAAUAAAUAAACUUAAAAUCUACGAGUUAUUUAUUGUACAUACGAAUUUAUAAAUCAAGAGCAAAAUUUAUAUAAUCCACCAUGUAUCUCAUGUACUAUCUCAAUGAAAAUGGAAAGCGAAUGUAUACACUCAAGAAAGUGGACCCUGCAGGAAACCCUACGUUAUCAGCUCACCCAGCUCGAUUUUCACCAGAGGACAAAUAUUCGCGACAACGAAUAACUAUUAAGAAAAGAUUUAACCUUUUGGUCACCCAACAACCUGAGCCUGUAUAUUGAAUUAUUUUACCCCACUUUUAUAUUGAUACUGUAUUAAGAUUGAUUUUUAUGUAAUGAAAGA